CUGAGAUUCAAAGAGCGCCGCUGUCCGCCGUCGACCAUCAUGAAGGAUGGAUGGUUUGCUGCUCGCUUUUGGUCCUCGUUAGCCAAGCAUCCAAAGCCAUCCGCCCUGUGAGGGAAAAGCUGGGGGAGCUGCCGCGGGCGGUGGACUAACGCCGUAGAAGCAUGGUGCAUGUUCCAACGGCCUUCCACCAAGCCAACCUGGUUCCAUCCGAUAAGCCAUUUGUUGAGCACGGCCAAUGGUCAAGGUGCUGUCAGAGACACAUCCGAACAGCGCCGCUCCAAACUAACCCGUCUGGUCUCUAGAAGGCCGCGAUCGCGGGUUUUCCAUUUCAGCUACCUUCAAUGGGCCGGCGUCGGGACUGGACCAAGAACCGGCUUGGGGGCGAGUUUCCGCGGAAUGGCCGCAAGACAAAGCAGAUCUCUGUCUAAGGACGCCACGAUUCAGACUCAAGUAAAAGCUUUUGGUUGGAAAUUGCCAUGGCAUUGGGCGGCUCCUGUGGGCACUGCCGAGCGGCGGUCAACAUGCUUUCGGCCGGUUGCACCGCAGGCUCGUCCGUGCUGUCCUGUCAAAGCCGAGGCGUGGCCAAUGGCUGACUUUGAUGGCUGCUCUCGUUCUCGUCCAUCGUGGGGCAGAGCGUUAGGCGUCUUCAGCCUCUCUGCAGGCCAAAGGAAAUCCGCCGAAAACAGCGGGAGAAGUGCAGCGUAGCAAAUGGCACCGGCUAAUGUCCUCGAAUUUUCAACCCCAAUAUCUGCGGAGCCAAGGAGAUCCCUGCAGUGCGUCUCACUAGCACGAACAGCCGGCGACGGGCUCCUUGCUGACCUAAAAUGAAGGUGACCUGACAUGAAAUGUCAGUCAAGACGCACUAA